AUGGCGGCACCCAGGGACUGGCUGGGAGCAGUAGAGGCAGAGGGGAUCGCCGGGUCGCAGGGCAGCUCGGGAGUGGAGGUGGNGGUGUUUUUCCCUCCCGCCCCCGCCACACCCGCCCCGCUGUGCCCUCACGGACCCACUCUUCUGUUUGUAAAGGUGAACCAAGGAAAAGAAGAAGCACGGAGAUUUUAUGCUUGCUCAGCCUGUAGAGAUAGAAAAGAGUGUAAUUUUUUUCAGUGGGAAGAUGAAAAGUUGUCAGGAGCUAGACUUGCUGCCCGUGAAGCUCAUAACCGAAAAUGUCAGCCUCCUCUAUCCCGAACGCAGUGUGUGGAAAGGUACUUGAAGUUUAUUGAGUUGCCCUUGUCUCAGAGAAAGUUCUGUCAAAGAUGUCAGCGGUUGCUGUUGCCAGACGAUUGGGAGAAGCAUCAGGAGCAUUGGGUAGUAGGUGAUAUUUCUGUCACCCAGUUAAAAAGGCCUAGUCAGCUUCUUUAUCCACUGGAAAACAAGAAGACAAAUGCCCAGUAUUUGUUUGCUGAUCGGAGCUGUCAGUUCUUGGUAGACCUACUUUCUACCCUUGGAUUCACGAGAGUGCUAUGUGUUGGAACACCAAGGUUGCACGAGCUGAUCAGAUUGAAAUCAUCAGGUGAAAAGAAGUCUAACAUUAAAAGCCUUUUAUUGGAUAUUGAUUUUAGGUAUUCACAGUUUUACAUGGAAGAUAGCUUUUGCCAUUAUAACAUGUUUAACCAUCACUUCUUUGAUGGAAAGGCUGCCCUUGAAGUAUGCAGAACAUUUUUACAGGAAGAUAAAGGUGAGGGAGUCAUUAUGGUGACAGAUCCUCCUUUUGGUGGCUUGGUUGAACCUCUGGCUGUUACAUUCAAGAAGUUAAUUGCUAUGUGGAAAGAAGGUCAAAGCCAAGAUAGCAGUCACAAAGAACUACCCAUAUUCUGGAUUUUCCCUUAUUUUUUUGAAUCCCGAAUUCGUCAGUUUUUUCCAAGCUUCUGCAUGCUGGAUUACCAGGUAGAUUAUGAUAAUCACGCACUUUAUAAACAUGGGAAGACAGGUCGAAAACAGUCUCCUGUGCGUAUUUUCACCAAUAUUCCACCCAACAAAAUAAUCCUUCCUAGCGAAGAAGGGUACAGAUUUUGUGCUUUGUGUCAACGAUACGUUUCCCUAGAGAAUCAACACUGUGAGCACUGUAAUUCUUGCACCUCCAAGGAUGGCAGGAAAUGGAACCAUUGCUUUCUCUGCAAAAAGUGUGUAAAACCGUCCUGGAUCCACUGUAGCAUUUGUAGUCACUGUGCUCUUCCAGAUCAUUCUUGCGGGGGCCCUAAAGAUGGCUGCUUCAUUUGUGGUGAAUUAGACCACAAACGUAGUACUUGUCCUAAGAUCGCCACAUCUAAGAAAGUGAACAAAGCUGUCAGAAAGCAGAAGCAAAGAAAAAGUAGUAAGAUGAAAAUGGGGACCACUAAAGGACAAUCCAUGAAUCAUACAUCUGUUACAAGGAAGAAGAACAGGAGAGAAAGAGCCCAUCAAUAUCUUUGCUCUUAAAUGUCCAGUGACUUGAGAAUAAGAAAGAUUUAUAGUCCAACCUUUGAUGCCAUUUUCUGAAAGUGCCACACCGGACUUAAAUUCUGUCACUUUCAAAGGUGUGCACCUUUCUAAGGAAGAUAAUAGGCAGGUGGUAUUUGCUGGUUUAUGGACCCCUCUGCAGCCUCUCUGGAGACCUGGGGAGGUGUUCCAUCCUGAGCUGGCUGACCAGAUCUCUCUGUGUGCCUUUUUUUUUUCUCUCUCUUUAAAUCUCUCCUAAUCAUAUGGUUUUGGCCUCUUUUGAAAAAUGAGCAUGCAGCGUUUUUUUGUACAAAGUGUCAGAAGAAAAAUGAAAGUGAAAACUUAAGGUCUUGUUUACAUUGAACACAAGUAUGUUAAAUUAGGUUCAGAAAUAUUUUAAAUAUCAAAACAUUGCAUGAUAACUUAGACCCCACUUGCAAAGAAAUGUACAAUGAACAAUUAUUUUUAGACAAAGAUGAUGGAAAGAAUGUUGACAAAGCUAAAGAUACAAAGAUUAUAAUUAUGAUUUUAUGAUUAAAUAUUUGCUUUUCAAGUACUUUUUACAGUGUGCUUUGAUGUAAUAGAAUCAUUUAGAUGUUGUAGGAUGAAUGAGACAUUUAGAAUUAUAUUAGACUUGCUCUGCCAUCUCAGUGUCUUUUAACCUAAGCAGUAAGGUUAUUUCUUUGUAAAAGUAAUAGCAGAAGGCAAGAGAGUUUGGGUAUUAAAACCUCUCAUCCCUAUUCUGAUGAACCCUUCCUGACUCUUUGUCCUUGGCCAGGUCAUCCACCCACAGCCUGUUUCCUUGUUAUUAUUACAUAAUUUAUUUUAUUAUAUAACAGUAGCUACAGCACAGGCUUGUUUUCGUGAUGACGUCAAAUGAGGUACAUGUGCCUGGCUCUCAGUUCUGUUGGUGAGAAAUGUUAACAAAGUGCAGAGGGCUGGAGCCCUGAUGGUCAUCAUCUGGUGGUCCAGGAUCAUAGCAGUGGAGGGACUGGGCUUGAACUGUGAGAACAAACAGUUCGUCUCCCCAUUUCUCUGCUAGAUACCUGACAUGAUUGCCUAAGACUGCAUACUUUUGAACUGCUUGCAUUUGCAGAAUGACUUUUCUCUUAUUCCCAAACAGCUGCUUUAGAGCAGGUUUGCAGGCCUGCUUGCUUGGACUCAGCUAGAGCCCUGGGAGUGCAGGUACAAGAACUGCGCCCCAUCUGGCCUGGAAAUUGUCUGGUCUUUAAGUUAGGACUGUUUGAUGCCUGAUGUGGAGGCAGAAGCGUGGCCCUGAUCAAUGGAUAGGGGUGUAUACCUGGCGACAUCAAAAGACGAGCCAAGCCCCCUGGACUUAACAUAGAUCAGAAAACUCU